UUUGUUGGACAGAUGAAUUAAGGCAUCUGUAGCAGUGUUCUAUCCGUUACAGCAUGCGCUGCCCUGACAAUUCAAGGUAAAUUUGAAAAAAAAAAAGAAAAGAAAAGAAAAGAAAACAUUCUUAUAAGGGCAAAUUCUGAGGAUUUGCUCCUGUGAAUCACUGGAAUGGCGGCUCAGGGCUUGACGAUGUCUUCUGCAAGUGCUCUGAAAGGCUUGUACUAUCGUGAGGCUGAUUUCAACAUUUCUACAGCAAAGUUUAUUCCUGGUCUGCGAAAGAAAGCUCCGGAGAAUCAGAUUAAAUACAGCUCCAUAUCUUCAAAACGAUAUUCACCAAAUCAUUUGAAGGCGAAUGCUGUCGGCAUCGCUGCGUCGCCUCUAGUUUCCUCCAUUCCACAGGUUCUUGAAUUGCUGAUUAAAAGGAUAGACUUAUCUGUAGAUGAGACAGAAGUAGUGGUUGAUGAACUGCUUGAUGGAGGAGUGAAUGAGGCUCAAGUCAGUGCACUGCUGGUGCUGCUUCGGGCCAAAGGAGAAACCUUUAAUGAGAUUACAGGAUUUGCCAAAUCAAUGAUUAAACGCUGCAUUCCUGUUGAUGGAUUGACUGAUGCAAUAGAUAUAGUUGGCACAGGUGGGGAUGGGGCAAACACAGUAAACAUUUCAACAGGUGCCUGUUUACUAGCUGCAGCAUGUGGUGCAAGGGUAGCAAAGCAUGGAAAUCGUUCUAGCUCCUCUGCAUGUGGAAGUGCAGAUGUGCUGGAAGCUCUUGGAAUAACUGUAGACUUGGGACCUGAGGGAAUUAAGCAAUGUAUCAAGGAAGUUGGAAUUGCUUUUAUGAUGUCUCCAAAAUACCAUCCAGCAACCAAGCUUGUAGCUCCAGUCAGGAAGGCCCUUAAAAUAAAGACAAUUUUCAAUAUUUUAGGCCCUAUGUUGAAUCCAGCAAGGGUUCGUUAUGCUGUUGUUGGUGUCUACAAUGAGAGCCUUGUUGAAAAAAUGGCUAGGGCUCUCCAAACGUUUGGAUUAGAAAGAGCAUUAGUAGUUCAUUCUGAGGGAUUAGAUGAGAUGAGUCCUCUUGGUCCUGGAAUAAUAUUGGAUGUGACAGCUGAUAAAAUUGAGAAGUUUUCUUUUGACCCGUUGGAUUUUGGAAUUCCUCGAUGCAAUGUGGAAAGUUUGCGAGGUGGUGGGCCAGAAUUCAAUGCAAAGGCUCUUCGUGAUGUUUUGUCUGGUCAGAAAGGUGCAAUUGCAGAUGCUUUGGUUCUCAAUGCAGCAGCUGGACUCUUAGUUUGUGGGCAUGUUAAAACAUUGGAAGAAGGUAUUGGCUUAGCAAGGGAAAUACAAGAGUCUGGGAAAGCAUUGAAUAUUCUUGAUUCUUGGGUCCAUCUAACACAGAAAUUGAAAGCACAUGGCAUGUCUGACCCAUGAGGAACAUUAAUAUCUUAAUGGUAUUAAGUUUUAAUGGAAUAUUCGAUGUACUCAUUUAUUUUAAGGGAAUGAAGGAACCGGCCUUCCAAGCCUUUGCUUAGAGGAGAUGAGAUGUUUUGAAGAUGAAACAUUGCAGCUGUCACAUGCCAUCUCCAUUUCUGGAAGGUAUCUGAGCUAUUAAGUAGGGCCUAAUGAGGUCAUAUAGAUUCAAGAAUUCAGGUUGUACUCAUUGGGUAGAGGUGUAAGAUCCAUAAAUUUGCCUUUAAUUUGGGAUUUUGAUCACGAUUUGAUACUUAAUUCACUUUUCAUGAGUGGUACAUUUGUAGAAUCUGAGAACUCUAAAUAGCAUAAAAAUGCUUUUUGUUGACAACAAGGUUCCAGAUUGGACAUGUUGAUGUUGACUUCUAAUAUCCUUUAGAUUAAAUUUGUGUGCAGGAACUUUUGAUAUGCCUCAUUCAGUUAUACAGUAUCUCAUGUCUCAUGAAUUUAUUGCACAAUGUAUCGUUGAUCUCAUUGUUAUUGCCAUCCCUUAAUCUCUUAAC